AUGGAGUCAAAAGUCGCGGUCAAUCUGAUCAAGACUCGCUUUCUCGUUCUUUCAGACACCCACGGCAUGGCCUUCACGCCCGAGAACCAUCCCCUUCAACUCGAGAACCGCACCCAGCACGUUGAUGUCGCCAUCCACUGUGGUGAUUUGACAGAAGAGUCCAAAACCGCCGAGUUUAUCACCACUCUCGAGCUUCUAAAGAGCCUCGAUGCAAAGCUCAAGCUUGUUAUUGCCGGCAACCAUGACUUCACGUUGGAUGUUCCAAUAUUUAAAAAGAAAGUCGCAGAAGCCAUUCCAGCUCUUCGAGCAGACGAAGUGAGCAAAGAAUACGGCGGCUACGGCGAGAUAAGGACUUUAUUUGAGGAUGCAAGGCAGUCUGGGAUUAUGUUCCUUGACGAGGGCACCCAUCACUUUACGCUCGAUAACGGGGCAAGUUUGACGGUAUAUGCCAGCCCUUACACCCCUUCACGGGGUGAAGGGGGAUUUCAAUAUUCACCCCAGGAGGGGCACACAUUUGCUAUCGAACCCAAUACAGAUGUGGCUAUAACUCAUGGCCCUCCUAGGGGUAUACUGGACUUUACAGACGCACAUCAACGAGCGGGAUGCAAGGAUCUUUUGCAGCAGUAG